AUGAGUUCAUCAGCAAACCAAGUCCGCUCCCUGUAUCGCAAGCUUCUGCGUCAAGGAAACCAGUUCGCCGCAUACAACUUUCGCGAGUAUGCUGUGCGCCGUACAAAGGAUGCUUUCCGCCAGCACGUUGCCGAAUCCGACUCAAGUAAAAUUCAAGAGCUAUUGUCGAGAGGAAACACAGAGUUGCAGAUGUUGAAGAGACAAACCGUCGUCAGCCAGUUCUUCCAGCUAGACAGGCUAGUAGUCGAGGGAGGCAAGACCGGCAAGCAAACCGGAAACAAGGGCGAUAUCGUCAGACAAACCGAGCACGGGUGA